GGCGGGAGCGGAUCCGGGGCGGCGAUGGGGCCGCGGUGAGCGGGGAAGGGGCUCGCCAUGAGGUACAACGAGCGGGAGCUGCUGUCCCUGGCCCGGCAGCCCGCGGAGAAGGCGGCCGAGAUCUUGAUGCGGGUGCCCAAGAAGGGGAGCGUGUUAAAGAAACGCCUCGUGAAGCUUGUUGUCAACUUUCUCUUCUACUUCCGGACAGACGAAGCAGAGCCCAUUGGAGCUCUGCUGCUGGAGCACUGCAGGAUCACCAAAGAGGAGGAGAACGUCUUCUCUAUCAGUUUCAUUGAGGAGCCCGAGAGGAAAUACUGCUUCGAAUGUGACAGUGAGGAGCAGUGUCAGGAGUGGAUUGAGGCACUCAAGCGAGCCAGCUAUGAGUUCAUGAGGAGGAGCUUGAUCUUCUACCGGAAUGAGAUCCAGAAAAUGACAGGGAAGGACCCCCUGGAGCAGUAUGGGAUCUCGGAGGAAGCCCGCUUCCAGCUGGGAACACGCAGGCAGUAAUCCCCUCUCUGGAGCUGAACUGGUGCCUGGCGCCAGGCUCACCCUGGAGGGUCACCCCCAGCUCCCCUCCCCAGGAACAGCAGCAGCAGUUCCCUGCAGCAGUGACCAAGGGACUUUUUAAUUUAUUAGUCAAAUAAUUUUGUAUGAUUUUUUUAAAAGGGGAAUUCGUUGCACAUUCCCACUUGCCCCAGCUCUGGAGGCAGCCAGGCUUAACUGCUGCACCAGUGGGAUGAGAGCAGAGGCAGCAGGAUCCGAACAGAGCUGCAGCACCCGCUGUCCUCUGCUGCUGGGGCAGGCCCUGAGCCAGUUUCACCCUUCCUCUUCCUCCCCUCCUUCUCCUGCAGGGAGCUACUCAGCUUUUCUGGCUCAGGAUCUUCUUGCAGUCUCCAAGGGUUGUUCAGCAAGGCAGCCUGUCUCUGCGGUGGUUUUCUUCUUUCUGCCUCCUCUGGGCAGGUUGUUCCAGUUCCUAGAGGCUGGUGGAGCCCACGCUGCAGCCUACUAGAACACUCCACAAAUGCAUUUGAAAGCAAAGCUGAAAGCACAAUGAGCAGAGAGCGGGCUGAGACCCGUGGGGAGAUCCUGCCUGGGCUUCCCAGAGCAGGAAGCCAUGUGGAGGUUUGGAAAGAUGGGAACUGCUCCACUUUGGCUGGAGGUUGUAGCAUCAGGCCCUGCAGAAGUUAAUGUUGGGGAGCAUGUGCGAGCUGGGCAGUAACCCUUCAUUCCCUGAGUUGCUGCAGCAUUCCUCCCCUUUGUGAGCAUCUGAAGAGAGACUGGGACACUGGAAGACCAGGACACUGUGCCACAGUCAUGAUGAGCUGCCAGGGAACAAGGGCUGCCAUCCCUGGGGCUCCUGCAGUGAGGGGUAAGUGUUGGAACAUCCCUCCUCGAGGCUCUGCGCCUUCAGCCAGGCUCUGGCUGCACAAAGGAAAACUGCCCAGGGAUGAGGGAAGGAAGGACCCGCACCCGGGGCUGCAGGAGGCCCGGAUUCCUGAUGCCCACAGCAGCAGAGGAUGCAGCCGGCGGCAGCAUCUGCCCUGGAACUAGACCAGGAAAACCUCCGGGAAGCCCCUGAGAAGGUCCCAGGUACGAUCAGGCACUUGAUGACAGAAGGGACUCGACAUCUGCAUACUGGUUAGGCAGAUGCAGCACAAGAUGAGCUUUGGAGGUUCAGCUGGGUAGCAGGAACGCUGCUGCAGCAAACAGCACAUGGUAAGCGAGGGGCAGCCUGUGCUGUGAGCUGGGCUUGAAGGGAAGUUCUGAGUCUCUUCCUCUGGCUGGGAAUUGAUGCUGAAACAAGAGCCUGUAUUGCAAGCCUCAGUGACCUGGCCUGCCCUCAUCUCAUGCUGCUGGGCACCGGGAGAGUGGCAGAUGUCGCUGAUGCUUUAGUUUCAAUCUCAAAGCCAAGGUUUCUCCUUCCCCUCCCCAGAUACUCCCUUUCCCUUCAAUCAUUCCAGGUGCUCGCUCCAGAAAUUGCCAAAAUAAGCCGCGGGGCAGCUGGCCUGCACAAUAAGCUGAGGGCAUGAUGGGGUGGAAGCAGAACCCAGGGCGGUUUUGAAGACAGAUGGCAGCUCUAGUGGAAGCAGCAGUGAGGGAUUAAAGGCAGGAACACAAAGCUUGUGCUUUAGGGAAUUAGUGUCCUCAGCUGACUUUUAAAGUGCAGUUUAAUCCUCACAAGCCACUUCUGCUUUACCUCAGAGCAGGGGCAUGUUCCUGACAUGCUGGUGGGUGCGCAGCGGUUUUAGUUACUGUGACAGAGACUGGUCUGUCUGGUUGCUUGUGAGGACAGACAGACAGAUGCAGCUCCAGCUUCAGCGUUGGUUUGCCAGCCAGGAAUGCUGCUGCAGCGCCGCUUUAGGGGCAGAACAUCCAAACUCAGCUCCCUGGGGUUCAGCAUCCGUGAAUUCAUCAAUACACAAAGUCAAUCCAUACAUAAACCCCAGGAAUUCUGUCACAUUCAAUCAUUUCCUGCCAACAAGCUGCCGGCGCAGCAGCAGCUCGUGUCCUGCCGCCCUCAGGAGCAGCCCCUUCUCAAGCAUGUGCCUUUCAGCUCCUGGCAAAGCUGCCACCCACGACCUUCACUGUACCUAAAAAUGGGCAUUUUAUGUUAUGGGAAACAGGUGAGCAGGAGAUAAUCGCAACCCCUAUUUAAGAGGUUAAUGACAUUUCUGACCUGAAUGUAAGACAAAUGCUGUGAAGCCUUACAUGGGCCAAUGGCCGGCCCAGUAAGUAACUUAAAUCAACUUCUAGACUAGUGUAGGACACUGGGUGAGCUUUUGGGAGGAUGGUACUGCCAGACACUUUGAGAUCCAAAUCAACUGCUGGUGAUUUAUAGACAAUUGGUCAUUUUUCCUACUCUGGUCACUAUGCUUUUUGUAUUUCAGUGCUGUGUACAGGCUCCCUAUGGUGUCCUGAAGCCAUUUAUCUGUUGUACAGCGACAUUUCCAAUAAACACUCGUUUUAAUCUUG